AUGGGUGCAAAAAGAGAAGAAAUUACAAAGGAGGCAUUAGAAGACUUUUUGGAAACUCAUCUUUCUGACUUUGAUCUGGAUUUGCUUAAAAAUGGCUCUUUUAGGCUUGCCACGGCGUUUUCCGGUGGUGGGUAUAGGGCUAUGCUUGUGGGUGCUGGAGAGUUGGCGGCUAUAGAUAGUAGGUCGCUGGGAGAGUCUCCAGUGGCUGGACUUCUUCAGGCCAGUACGUAUAUUGCUGGGCUUCUGGGCGGUCUGUGGCUCUUGGGGCUGGUGGCCAUGCAAAAUUGGCCUUUGGUGGAGGAUAUAGUGGAUGAUCCGCUGGGGCCUGGGUUGUGGAAUAUCACUAAAGAGAAUGGGAUCUUGGAUACUUCAGAUAUGUUUUGGGAUAAACCAGAUGGAGACGGAAUUGGCGAUGAAAUAGAGGCCAAGGAGAAGGCCGGGUUUUAUACUUCGGCUACGGAUAUCUGGGGCAGAGCUUUGGCCCACCAGUUGUUUCCUAGCGUUGAAAACUACUUUGCGCCACUUCUUUGGUCGGAUAUUCAAAAUACUCUGGCGUUUUAUAACCAUUCCAUGCCUUUCCCUUUGGUUACAGCCUUGGCUCGUAGACCAGAUUCCUUGGUUUACGAUUUGAACUCGCCAGUGGUGGAAUUCAAUCCUUUGGAAAUGGGUUCCUUCGAUUCCUCCAUCAAUUCUUUCUUCCCUACAAAGUACUUGGGUACGAAAGUCGAUAAUGGUGAACAUAACGGUACUUGUAUUGGCGGGUUCGAUAAUGCCGCUUUUGUGGUUGGUACAUCUUCUUCGUUGUUCAACCAGUUCCUCGAUACUUUGGUUUGUCCAGACUGUGACCAGCUUCCGGGUAUUGCCAAAUGGCUUGUCAAGAACUUAUUGCAACGCAUGUCCAAACAAAAGGAGGAUAUUGCUAUCUAUAAUCCUAAUCCUUUCUACGGUUCUGAACACGCUGGAUCUAGCAAUUUAUCUUCCAGUGACUCGCUCUUCCUCAUGGAUGGUGGGAUUGGCGGUGAAUACAUUCCUUUAUCUUCAGUGAUGAACACACAUCGUCAGUUAGAUACCGUCUUUGCUCUUGACAAUAACCCUGGCGGCUGGCCAGAUGGAUCCUCGCUUGUUAAUGCCUACCGUCGUUCGCUGACAUACGAAGGAAAGUCGCUCAUUUGUCCUUACGUUCCUGGCGAGGACACUUUCGCUGCUCAUAACUUGACUGCUCGUCCUGUUUUCUUUGGAUGUGAUGCCAAAAACCAAACCGAUCUUGCUAAAGACGACGUUAUUCCACCUUUGGUUAUUUACUUGGCCAACCGUCCAUUUGAGUUUUACACUAACCAGUCAACUCUUCAGUUAACUUACCCAGAUGGAGAAAAGAAGGCUACCGUUCAAAACGGGUUCGAUAUUGCCUCUCAAAUGAACGGUACUGUUGACAGUGAAUGGGGCACUUGCGUUGCUUGUGCUCUUAUAAGAAGAGAACAAGAACGUCAAGGCCAAGAACAAAGCGACGAGUGUAAGAAGUGCUUUAAGAAGUACUGUUGGGACGGUUCUGUGUAUGAGGGACCCAAGUACUACCGUCCAGUGAACUACACUAUAGAUGGUCUUACAAACAGCAGUAUGACGCUUUGGGGAAACAGUACCGUCUACGUGCCUGAUGAUAGUACCGGCAGUGGUGGUAUUUGGGGCUUUGUCGGUAGAAUCUACAGCUGGGUUAAGCUGUUGUUUUAA